UGAAUGCCAGGGGCCAGUGCUCUGUCACACGGCACUGAAGCAGCCUUGCUUGAAGCAAGCUUCCUUUGGCCCAAGACUUUGAGGGAGUCAAGAAAGUCACGCUGGAGACCGAAAUGGACAGCCUCCUGAUGAAGCAAAAGAAGUUUCUUUACCACUUCAAAAAUGUCCGCUGGGCUAAGGGUCGGCAUGAGACCUACCUGUGCUAUGUGGUGAAGAGGAGAGAUAGCGCCACCUCCUUCUCUCUGGACUUCGGCCACCUUCGCAACAAGUCGGGCUGCCACGUGGAACUGUUGUUCCUACGCUACAUCUCAGACUGGGACCUGGACCCCGGCCGCUGUUACCGCGUCACCUGGUUCACGUCCUGGAGCCCCUGCUACGACUGUGCCCGGCACGUGGCCGAGUUUCUGAGAUGGAACCCUAACCUCAGCCUAAGGAUUUUCACCGCUCGCCUCUACUUCUGCGAAGACCGCAAGGCUGAGCCCGAGGGGCUGCGGAAGCUGCACCGCGCUGGGGUCCAGAUCGGGAUCAUGACCUUCAAAGACUAUUUUUACUGCUGGAAUACAUUUGUAGAAAAUCGUGAAAGAACUUUCAAAGCCUGGGAAGGGCUGCAUGAAAACUCCGUCCGGCUAACCAGACAGCUUCGACGCAUCCUUUUGCCCUUGUAUGAAGUCGACGACUUGAGAGAUGCGUUUCGUAUUUUGGGACUUUGACAGCAACCUCUUGGAAUGCCACGCGUGAUAAGAUUUCUCUGCUGAAGAGACUGAAUAGAAAAACAUCCCGUUUUUCUUAAGUACUCACUUUUAUAAGUGUGUGUGGGGGAUUAUAUGGCUUUUUUUUAAAAAGCUUCAGCUACUUAGGACCUCCAGAGCGAUGAUGCAGCCGAGCUUUGUGUGCAACAUCGCCAUCUGCUGGGGAACAGCAGAUCUUCCAGACUUUGGACCCAGACUUCCAGACUUUUCAACAGGAUGGAAAAGCACGUGAAGCCGAUCACACGGAUUGUUAGACCCCCUCUGUUCUUUGAUUCAUUGAAUUCUCGGGGGUAUCAGUGACGGAUUUUUCUACCCUUUCCCUCUGAGGCUCACUUUCAGGGGUCCGUUUCCGACGAGGUCACGGAAGGUCACGGAGGUUCUAUAGGCGAUCACUAGCCAUUCUCUCAAAAGCAUUAAUACACAGGCACGUGCCGUAUGUUUUCAUUGUCCGUCGUGUUUUUCAUAUUCGUAUGUGAGAGGGCUUGGGGUGGGUUUGAAGAACGCAUGAUCACCUCUGGGUGAUUUUAAUAAAGGAUCGUAAAAUGCAGAGGAGGACUACGGAGAAAUCACUCUGAAAAUGAGUUCCUGCUCCAAGAAGCAAAUCCCCCGGAAACACACACUCUUUUUCAUUUUUAAUGUCAUUAGUUUACUGACAAUCUUAUCUAGAAUAAGAGUUCAAAAGUUCAAUUCAAUUUUCAGAUCUCAUCCCUUAAGCAUCCGUAAUUCUGUUAAAGGGAUUAAACAUCCUUAUUUCUUAAGUCACUGGUGCCUUACUCUAAAGAAAGGAGUAGAGCAGCCAGAUCCAAAGUAUCAGUCAUCACAGACAGUAAGCGCCACAUGUUUUCCACUAAAAAAUUGCAAAUUCUUCCCCGGGCUCUCCUCAUAGUACCUGAGACGGACCACGGAUGUGGUGAACUUCCGGAUACUCUGGCCCAGCAUGGCGAGGGCGCAGAGAUGGACUCCUGCAGAAAUGGCCCCAUGUCCCCACUCUCCAUUCCUUGCGACCUUGGGAACACAGACUUUUAAAGGAACCUGUGAGUUAGAGACACCGCAAACUUCUAGUAAUGGACUCCUGGGAGUUGUUUGACUAUAGAACGCUCAUUUGUUCUCUUUGAUGGAUGCCGACACAAACAGAAUUUUCUAGUUUUUAUAUGUGUGUGAUGCUGCAGAUACAAAUUGUUAACUGUAUAAGAGGGUGGCACAAUAGAAUUGUAUCUGGGCCGGGCGGUGGUGGUACACACCUGUAAUCCCAGCACUCUGGGAGGCAGAUUUCUGAGUUCGAGGCCAGCCAGGGCUACACAGAGAAACCCUGUCUCGAAAAACAACAACAACAACAAAA